GAGUUAGCGGUGGCGGCUGUCGGGUUUGGGUUUCCUCCCUUUCCCCCUCCGUAAGCUUCUAAUCAGGGGCAAUGUCCACCCCGGCCAGGAGGAGGCUGAUGAGGGACUUUAAGAGGUUGCAGGAAGAUCCGCCAGUUGGAGUCAGCGGUGCACCUUCAGAAAACAAUAUAAUGGUGUGGAAUGCAGUUAUAUUUGGGCCUGAAGGGACUCCGUUUGAAGAUGGUACAUUUAAACUCGUCAUAGAAUUUUCAGAAGAGUAUCCGAAUAAACCUCCAACUGUUAGAUUUGUAUCAAAAAUGUUUCACCCAAAUGUUUAUGCUGAUGGCAGCAUAUGUUUAGAUAUCCUUCAGAAUCGCUGGAGUCCAACAUAUGAUGUAUCGUCAAUAUUAACUUCAAUUCAGUCUCUUCUGGAUGAACCCAACCCAAAUAGCCCAGCCAACAGCCAAGCGGCACAACUUUAUCAAGAAAACAAGCGAGAGUACGAGAAAAGGGUCUCUGCGAUCGUUGAGCAAAGUUGGAAUGAUUCCUAACAGAUCACUGUUCUUUUUUUUUUGUCUGAUUUAAAAAUCCAUAAAAGACAAACAAGGAGGCACCCGUAGAUCAUCGCACUAGUUUUAAGGAUUUACAUAGAGCGUUGUCCUUAAAAAAGACAAAAUCUUAUUUCCCCCCUCACCUUGUUUGGAAAAUUUCGCUUUCUCUACUAAUGUAAUUUUUAUUGCAUGGUAUGCAUGAUAUCAAAUAAGUUAUUGCUAUAUUUGUAAUAUAACCUAUUUGUAUUCCCCCCCCUCAAUGUAUAAUGUUGCUGUGAAGAUUUCAUGGAAAAAAAAUAUACACAUUUUGUAAAUCUGUAACUUUUUCUCCCCAUCCCCCACAAAA